AUGAAUGCGGUCUGCGGUCAAUUAAGAGAGUUCAAUACUAUAUACAACUCUAUUAUGGAAGACCAUACAAUAAGAAUGGAGAACGAAUUCGGGCCUUUCCACGACACUUAUAGAUUGAACAUGUACUCCAUGAGCUAUGGAAUGAUAUACCCCAACCCUGCGACCAACAAGUGGAGACUACUGGCUAUCCCCAUCCUCUGUUUCACUACCAUACCGAUGACCGUCCUGGUGUUCCUGGACAUCCGCCGGUACUGGAUCGACGGCGAGAUCCUGGAGGUGAUCAGACACGUCGGCCUGAUCGGACCUUUCAUCACUGGGAUCUUGAAGAUGUGUCUUCUCUACUAUAAAGAAGAACCAACCAGCCAAAUCCUAGCCUUGAUAAACAAAGAUUACGCGUCCUUCAACCAGCUGCCUGAAAGCUACAAACCGCUGGUCAGAGGCUACGUAAAGAACACCAGGUUCUACCAGAACAUCUGGAUCGCUUGUGUGCUGAUGAUCCUCUCCACUUUCGUCUUGACUGCAUCUGUGAUGAAUAUCUGUGAAACUUUGUUCAGCUCAGAACCAAAAAGGCACAUGAUCUACGAUGUCCGUUUACCAAUCGACCGUCCAGAAGCUCAAUUCGAAACGCCAUACUUCGAAAUCCUGUACAUAUACAUGCUGUACAUUGCAGCAGUAUAUACAAUAAACUUCACUGGUUAUGAUGGCUUCAUGAUCGCCUGUGUUUACCAUGCGUGCCUGAGGAUUGAACUCUUCUGCAAAUAUGUCCAUGACGCUAUGGAUUAUGAGGGAGAUGAGCUGAGGAAGCGAUUGGGUGAAGCUGUCAACCAUCACUGCGAGACCUUUAAAUUGAUCGAGAAAUGUGAAUCUUCCUUCAACUUCUACCUGGGUCUGGUGUACGUGAUAGUAACCACUGAACUUUGCAUCUGUCUCUACCUGGUGAUGGAGGGAUUCGAGUUUGAUUACAAGUUUUCUUCAUUCAGUAUUGGCACCAUCUUGCAUAUCUACGUGCCUUGUCUUGUCGCUGAAAAACUGAAGUCCGUUUGUGAAAACGCUUCAGAUUUGAUAUACUGCUGUGGAUGGGAGAACAACUACGAUCUAUCCAUGCGCAAGUUUAUCCCCUACAUGAUGGCGCGUGCGCAGACCCCUGUAGCCAUGAAAGCCUUCGGUCUCAUCACGUUUGAGAUGAGCUUGUUUGCAUCUACCAUGAAGACGGCUUAUUCCAUGUACACGAUAAUAAAAACUCAAUAAAUGGCAACCUGGUUGACUGGAAGAAGAUGCCGCAAGAAGUCCACCUUUUUAGGGUUCCGUAGUCCUGACAAGGAACCCUUAUAUUUAGUUUUUAACUCUCGUUUGGCACUUGAUGCACAUUCGAAAUCAAUGUUUUUAAUGUUUUUAGGUCUCUAUAACCUUAAUGCACUUCAGGGCACAUUAAAACAUUAAAUAAAUCGAAUAAAUAAGCAAAAACAAAUAAACUGUCUGUGUUA